CAGUCGCUUAGCGCGGGGCGGGGGACGCGCGCCGCUCCGCAGCUGUCAAAUCGAGUUAUUUCCCUCAGUUGCGAUUCGACUUAAUUUUCCAAUUUGAAUUGGAAAAGCUUUUUUCUGAAUUAAUUGUGUUGCUUCACUAAUUAAUUAAUACCUUAAACGACGCUUACUCACGGAAUAUUCUCAUUUCGACCGUUCUCAUUCCUUUGCUAGCCGUGCUAUUUUUGUUUUGUAGCGGAGUUACAGUAAAUAAUAUCUUUUUUCUGUCGAAAUUUUUGAUGCAGUGUUUAUUUUUUCCACAUCAAGCGGAACGUUGCAAAAACCUUACGAAACCGUUUGAAUUGAUCGGCUCAAUUACAAGUGCGAACGGUUUUUGUGUCCUAAAUACUGUGCCAAAUAUUCAUGAUAAUUAGUUUACAAUUAUUCCGUAUUUGCAAAGAAUAUCCGUUCGUGUGCGCGAAAAAAUAUUUUAAAAGUACGACUAAAGGAGGUGGACUUGAUUCUAAACAGUGGUUUAAUGUGAUUAGUUAAAUGGAGUCCAUUGUAAAAAGUGCUUCAAUAUGAGAAGAAUGUUUGGUGUAUGCUCCGAUGGAUGGCUUCUUUGCGGUCAGAAUGUGAGCAGCUAUUAACUGGCUGUCACGUAUAUGUUGUCUGGCUCCCCCCACGGCUCGGUUAUGUCCUGUCAGUCGCUGGCGGCGCGAGCUUUCGCCGAGCCCGAGAAAGAACGGUGUACAGUCGCCUUCCAUAGAUCAGUUCGGUUCAGUUCAGAGUCACGGAGCCCGAGAUCCAGUGAUCAAGAAUGCAAAAGGGAGACGCCAGGGUCAAUGUCUCUGACAGCGCUGUCCGUCAGUCCAGUGACACCCGGUUCAGCGAUGAGCCAAUCGGCGCCCCACGCUUCGGCCUUCGACUUUGACGAAUUGCCGGCUCCUUCGCCAACUUGCCGAUUUCCGAAGCUAGAGGAAUGUGCGCACUUUCACUAUGAGAGGGUCUCGCUUGGCGGGUUAAGUGUGGAGCUGGUGCCCUGUGAAGCUGUUGAGGGACUCCCGCAAGAAGGCUGGGUGUGUCUCAAAGUCCGUUCGCACGUGAAUUCCACGUGCGACGAUUCAGUGGACAGCCGAACCCUCAGCGGCAGUUGGACUGAAGCCAGUGAUGUGAGGGAAUGGACGCUCACCAGAAACAAGGAGAACCUAUUGCAGUUGGACGAGAUGUUGCACAGGUGUAUAUACGAUAGAAAAGUCUCCGGUCUACCGAACCUUAAAGAGGCGAUGACAGCAGAGCUGAUGGAGGAUGAGACGGAAUACCAGCAGCUGAUAUCAGAUUAUGUUCACCACCUGUCCAUCAUCGCCGACGACUCCAUCAAUUGUGGUCCAGCUCUUAACUGGCUACAGAUGGAUAAUAAAGGUCACAAGCUCCUUGUGUCCAAUGAAGACUCAAACUCAAUAAAUACACCCGCUGUGGCAGCUGCUUAUUCAGUCAGGAAAUAUGUCUCACAGGCUCGAGAUGAAAUAAGUUUUGAAGUGGGUGAUAUGAUCUCCAUUAUAGAUAUGCCUGGUCCCCAAGAAUCGACCUGGUGGCGUGGUAAACGUGGUUUCCGAGUGGGUUUCUUCCCCCACCACUGUGUUGCUGUCAUUGGAGAUAAAGUGCCAAGACAUAUGACACAACCGCCGCCUAUCGUUGGGUCUGUAGCAGUGGCCCCAAUAAAACCGGUGCUCCGCAAGCAUGGAAAGUUGAUAUCACUGUUCCGAAGCUUCAUCCUCUCGAGACCAUCGAGACGGAGCCUCAAACAGCAAGGGAUUUUGAGGGAGAGGGUGUUUGGGUGCGAUUUGGGAGAGCAUUUGUUGAAUUGCGGUCAUGAUGUGCCAAUGGUCCUAGUGGAAUGUUCGAGAGCGAUAGAGCGUCGUGGGGCAGUGGACGGCAUUUACCGUUUGUCGGGUGGGGCUGCGCUGACUCAGCGUUUACGUGCCUCUUUCGACGCGGGACAUCCGCCCGAUCUGACCGCGCCCUUACAGCGGGAUCCGCAUGCUUUGGCUAGUUUAUUGAAGUGCUAUUUUCGUGAGUUGCCCAACCCUCUCUGCACGUAUCAGUUGUACGAUAGUUUUGUGAGUGCGGUCCAAGUGCCUGAAGAGCAGCGGUUGAAGGCCAUGAGGGAUACCGUUGUUAAACUACCACCACCACACUAUAGGACCCUAGCGUAUCUUAUGCGUCACCUUCGCCGUGUGUCAUUGUUGAGCGAGUCAACGGGAAUGACAGCUCGCAAUAUGGCGAUCGUUUGGGCUCCUAAUUUGCUCUCUUCACCUAAACCGCAGCACGCUUUGCAGGGAGUUGCCGUACAGGCCGUUGUAACCGAAUUCCUGAUCUGUUACGCAGAAGAUUUGUUUGCGCAAGAGCAGGGAGCUGACUCAGGUCCACAAUCAUUGGAACAGGAUCGCAUCGAGUGUCAAGUGGAGCUGCGAGGGCUAGAAGCAGGCAGGAGACCGAAGAGCUUACCGUUGCAUCCACCAACAAAAUUAUUGAGUCUGGAAGAAGCCCGCCGUCGCGGCCAAGUGUGUAUCGGCAGUGAGAUUCUCGAAUACCCUCCCCCUUCGGGUGCUAUCGCGGCAGCUGCAACCACUCACCUCAAACCCGCUGGUCAUUUGAAACCGAAGUAUAUUGAGGUUGGCUCCGGACCAAAUAAUCUACCUCAGUACCACACUGUAUUGGAUUUACCAGCACCAGGUGCAAAGCGAGCCCUAAAGCGCUCAGUGUCAGGCUGGCGUGGCCUCUUCAGCAGGAGCAAGCUGCAUCGCCCCAGGCCCCACAGGCCACCACCUGCCACGCCCCCUCCGCCUGAAAUUGUGGCAAUUACUCUUCGACCGGCAAAGUCUUGCGAGUCUUUAGUGUCAGAGAGCGAUACCUUGGCACCUUUAGCGAUUAAAGCAGCCGCGCCCCUCAAACAUCACACUAGGUCGUCCUCCUGCGAUUCGUACUUUGAGCCGUGGCAGGCUGAGUUAGCGGGAAUGCGUUUACGCCUUUCGCCGCAGGAGAGGGACAGACAUAUGUUCAGCGAGGAGGACGAUACGGGACAGCAGGCACAGGAUGACUCGGCCUGUUCUUCGCCUGUGGAUUCGAAUCCCGCGAGUAACGAGCCAAGUCCAAGGAGGUUGUUACGCGCUGAAGUACAUCCCACUGACACUUUGGAAAGAAAACGCGUGGCCCUCGACAACUUGGAGCAACAAGACAUGGGUUAUAUCGACGAGAGCGGAACCUGCAGCCCACUAGCCGAGAAGAGACCGGCUUAUAACCGACCACUAAGCCCAAGGAGGCAGGCUGUUGCUAAACGGUUGUGCAAAGACCGCGACAGUCCGCUGUCUUCUACUUCUGAUUUCCAAGCGACACUUUCAAAUGUCAAACUGAGAGAAAGAAAUUCGCCACGGAAACAAAAAAACUCAGCGCGCUACAGCGGCUUGCACGCCCCGGUUCUAAAUGACCCGGACAAACCGGUCACUCGCCUCACGUGGCACGGAAAAGACGGGCAUUCUACCCUUAUAAAAAUAGACUGGCCGGCCGAAACCUCUACCGGUAACCUCACGACCAGCACCAUAAACUCUAGUCCAAUAACCCCAGUCACGCCCAACUACGAUCCACUCGAGAGUGACUCGGAAACCAGCGAAAACAAACAUACGAUAAAAAUAACCAGCGACUGCGAUAAUUGUGAUGAGGAAAAAUGUCUCAAAUGUGAACUGAAAGCGACCGAUUACGAAAAUAUGAAAGAUAUACGAGAUUAUUCAGAACAAACACACGAGAGUUUAGAAGCCAGCCCCCUGCAUUCGACAGAUAUAAGUUACCAGAAUCUCAAUAGACUGUCGGCGGUGUCGACGUCAUCAAAUUCAGAACAAAUAUCGAAGAAAGAGGACCUAAUGAAAAUAAUGACUUCGUCGCAUGAGAGUUCGUCUAGCUAUUCGAAUGUUAGCUUGAAACACGACGAGUUGUACGAGUGCUACAACUAUACGAGGCCGAAUUACAUAAAUUUACAAUCUUCCAGUACGUCUAAAAGCUCUCCGGGUAGUCCAUUAAAAAGUCCUCUCAAAUCGACCAUAAGUAUUACAUUCCGUUCGCCCACAAAGUCAAAGUCGCCAGAUUACGAACCGAUAAUCAACGACACCCCUACGAACGAAAGAGAUUCUGUCUAUGAAGAUAUAGAUUUAGACAAAAAUUUGUCUAUAGUUGAAGAAGCAACCAUUCCACAGACUGAUGCAAGUUUGCCAACUCAGCAAGCGUGCCAACCUGAAGAUUUUACCCAGGACCUUAUUAUAUUAGAGACGCCUACAGAAACUGAUCUAGAUGAAAACGUAGAUGUCUAUAGUCAAGUUAAAUUCUUUAGAAAAAGCAUUGAAGAAGUCAAUGCUAUGAUAUUGGAAUCUCCGGAAAGAGAUAUCGAUUAUGAAAAUGUUAAUUUUAAUACAGAACGUGAUUAUGAAAAUAUUAACGUUGAUACUCUAAAAAUCUGUGAUAAAGUAGAUAUAAGUGCAAAGGAAAAUGAAUCUAUCGAACAUGAAAACGGAAAUGUGAUAAAACCUAAAGUCUCAACAAAUUUAAAUGUUCGUGAAUUAGCCAUACGUUUCGAAAGUCCUACCGAACAGAAGGGUCCGUUUUCUUUUGAUAAAUUCAAAACUGAAGUUAAGUUCUCUGCUGAGAAUUCAUCGGAAAAGGAAACACCAGAAAUAUCUAAGGAGAAGAAAAGAGACGCAACCGUAAAAUUACCGCCGCCCGUUUCACCAAAAACUUACAAAUUAUCUAAAAACUCAUGCAACGCUCGAUCUUUGGAUGAAAAUGCCUUUAUCAAAGAAUUUGGUACAGAUAAAGAUAGACGCAAAAGUUUAGAAGUGCGCGAUGUUAAAAGGACGUCUAAAUUCCUCCCAGAUUUAAACCUCAAUACCGAAGAGCCUGAGCCAAAAAUCGAUAGUAUAACACCCACAACUGAAAACAAAAUAUCCCUCGUUCAACGGUUUGACGUGAAACCUGAUAUAAAGAACUUAAUAGGCUUCGAAACGGAGAAGAAAUUGAGCAGGGAGCGAAUAGAGAAGUAUAAGGAAGAACGUAGGAAUUUCUUGCGGGAAAAAUAUAGUUCACAAUCGUUUAGAAGUAAUCCAGAGCAAUUGACGCGGAUCAAAUUAAAAAAGGAAGAUGAAAAAAUUGAGAAUUGUGAAAGAUUAAAAGAAGCUAAAUUCGAAAGAAGAAACACAGUUGAUCUGGGCCAACGAAUGAGGUUUUCGUUGGCCAGAAGUGCUAAUGCUUUAGAUACUAUCCCGUCGCCUUUGAGUCCAGUUCAGGAUUUUAACGGGGAAGCCAGUCGGAGCAGGGACGAUAGGAAAGAGAAAACGUCACCGUCAUACAACAUACGAGAUAUGGCGGCGUUGUUCGAACAGAAGUCACAGAGCAGCACAAACGCCGGUUGACAGUUAAAUAAAGACGGUAACGCGAAUAACGUGACAAAAAACACCGUCGAUUUAAAGCUAGGUAAAUCGCUAAUUGUGAAAUCUUAUGAUUUGUUAUACUGAUGACAUCAUUAUUUUAAUUUUCGUAAAUUGUAAUUUAUUGUGUAUACAAAAAUGUAACAUGCCUGGCUUCGAUCACGUGACCACAGCGGUCAUUUUUGUAACAGUUUAGUGCUUCACUGUCCAAGAUCGCGAUUGAAUGUGAAAUUUUAAUGCAAUUCGCGUUUAUAAAGCAGAGUGUUAUUGGACAGAAACAUGACAGUCGGUGCUUACGCAAUUACGACAAUAUCCUAUACGAAAGGUAUCACGUAUACGUAUUGUUCAGAAUAUCGAUUUCUGAAUAGCUCGUGCAGGCUUGAGUAGGUAAAUAAAUGACGUCACGUAAUUUUGAAUAUCAAUCUCUAGCAUGAGUUUGACGGAGUUUUAAACAGUACUGUCAAAAAUUUGACAGCUGUAAGAGUAUGAAUGUCGCAGCCAAUUAGGUUAAAAAGUCUGAGUAAUCUCACUGUCAGUGACAUUUAUUGCCCGACUACUCAGUUUAAAAUGCGUAGGCUACUUAUGUCCAUAAAAAAAAGCGUUGGCUGAACGGCUACUUAAACGACAUAUUUAAGUUUUUAACUUCGUCAAAGUCAUCAUAGAGAUGUAAAUAAUAAUAACUUGAAAAUGACGUUGAUAUAAUGAGUGCUUAUUAAUCGCGUUUUUUCUGACUACCCUCAAUAAUAUUAUUUCUCAUUGUUAUUUUAAAAUUGUUUUUUGAGGGUAAUCCAACGGUCUAUGAUGCUUAGCGUAGCUUUCGGUAUUUAUGAAACGUUUAGAUAGAAAUAUUAAUGGGAACAGUUUAACUAUUAAAUUCGUAAAACAUAGGCCUAAAUACUUCAAAAAAUAAUUUAUUAUGUCAUGUUUGUACUUCCAAAGUACGCCGUGAGUCCAUGAUUAAAACACAAAUUCAUUAGAAAAAGGGUGCGUGUACUUAUGUACGCGCGUAAGUUAUACUUCUUUGUAUUAUUAAAAAUAGUUUUUGAUUCCAUGCAAAUAAUUAAUUAC